AUGCUACGAUCCGGGCCGAAACCCGAGGAUCUCGACUUUGAGAUCCAUGUUGACCAGUCUUGCUUGAAUACACCCGCGCACGAAGCUGCCGAGUCCGAAGUUAUGGACGACGACGUCCCCGCCGCUGCUGCCAAGGCCGAGGAGGUGAAGACGGUGGAAGAUACACAGGAGGAUGUCAAGGACGAGACUCCCGGGGUCGUUGUGGAGGAGUCAAAGACCGAGUCGGACGAUGUGAAGGAAGACGACAAGGAGGAAGAAACAACAGAGGCCGGGGCAGCUGUAACAGAGGCUGUCGCGGAGGAUGAUACUGAGGAUACUCCUGAGCAAGAAGCCGACACGACAGUUGAGGAGGCUGCGGAGGCUGAAGAGACAAAGUCUGCCACGGAGAACACCUCUGAAGAACCUGAGACCAAGCUUGAAGAAAUGGAGCCUGCCUCGGAAGAUACACAGACGGCUGAGGAGGAUAAGCCGGAAGCGGCGACGGCAGAAGAAGCCGACACACCAGCAGACGAGGAUUCGUCUGCGAAUACCGAAACCAAAGAUACACAUGAGGAGGAGCCAUUAAGUGCAGAGGCUGAAGCUGAGAAGGGAAUUUCAGAAGAUACUCCCGCACCAGCAACUGCGGAGGACACUGAGCUCGAAGAGUUGGUCGCUGAGGUAGAGGCAGAGCUUCAUGCCGAGCCUGAAGCUGUCGUUGAGGCCGAGGAAGCUGAAGAGACAACAACUCCGGCAGAACCUGAGGCUCAACCUGAGGAGGAGAGCAAAGAGGAUACGCCCCUGCCAGAGCCCGAGCCAGAGGUUGCCGAGCCAGAAGCUGCCGAGCCAGAAGCUGAGCCAGAGGUUCAACCAGAGCCUGAACCCGAAGUCGAGGCCAAGAAAGAAUCUACCCCCGCCCUAGAGACAGAACCUGAAGACGAGGAAGUUGAGAGGGGAAGAUCACUUGGACCCGCGGCCGAAAUCACAACGAGCCAACUGGCAGAGCAGGUCGCAGACUCACUCAACAUGGCUCAGACAGACUCAGAUGAGACACCCACACCCGCUCCUGCCAUCGAAGUCGCCGACGAGGACCAUGGUGAGCCCGCCGGCGUCCAAGAGGCCAGUCGUUCCUCUUCUUCCCUCCGCCGCGUCUCCGGCCGUACCGAUGCUCUCAUUCAGGCUGCCGCCAAGGAGGUCCUCGAGCGACUCGAGGCUCAAACCAUGGAAACUAUUAGAAAUAGGUCACACGCACGCCACGACUCCACGGGGUCUACAAAUAACGGCACAGAGCUACACUACGAUGUGAGCACUCGGCGCGAAUCCUACAACACCGACUCGCGCGCUAGCCGCCGUGAGUCGUAUAACACGGAAUCGCGGGCAAGUCGUCGCGAGUCCUACAACACACAAUCGCAAACUAGCCGUCGGGAGAGCGAUGCCCGUCAUCGACCCGCGCAUCACGAGGACGGCGGCGACAGCUCCUCCCAGCACGGCGACUCGGACGUCUUCAGCGACCGCAGCCCGCGUAGCUCACUCGGCUCUUUUGAUGGCAACAUUGACCACCACAAGGACACGAGCAACCGCUCCUCCAAGAGAUUCUCCCACAUGUCCGAUGACGUCUCCGUGUCCGAGAUGUCCUAUUAUGACAAGGAAGACUUCGUACCAACCAUCCGCGGCGCGCCCAGGAUGCCCUUCCGCUCCCCUUCCGACGUCCGGGCUCUGCAAUACUCAUCCCCCGCGCCCUCCGUCACCGGCGGCUCCUACUCACCACGCUCGAGCAAACGCUCCCAGGUGCCGACCAUCUCCCGCCUCGGCAGCCCUAACGUGUCGGCCCAAUACUCUGCCAAGGGCCGCAAGACACCUACCCGCUUCAACCCUAAGAAAGAGCCCGCCCCGCUCGUACUUCUUCACGUCACCCUCCUGCCGCUCCGCUGGCAAUGGGCUGAGAUCCUGGAGCAAACGUCUUCCGAGACGCUGUCCCCGGAAGCAAAGACGCUCCGCGAGGCCUGGCACCACCUUCACGACCGUGUCGCCGAUACUGUCUGCGAGCGCGGCAUCCUCCUCUCUCACCCUCAAGACGAGUACGAGAUACUCGAGGAGCGGCUGUUGGAAGCCCUCGACCUCCCUCUACGCCGAAGGGCCCGCGUUCUCGAGUGCGGGCACUACCUCGGCCCCUCCAACGAGAUGACGCUCGGCGAGGACAUGGACAGCGACGAGGACGAGUACGACGAGGAGUCGAGGCGAAAGAGCGCGCUGCCCAAGACGCACUGGUGCCAGACGUGUCGUCACGAAAUCCGCUACGAGUCCCUCGGCCCUGGCAAGAUCUUCCGCAUCAAGGUGUACGCUAGCAACGGCCUUAUGAGGACCGGUGCCUGGGCGGCGUGCUGGAAGGAGAUGGAGCGGGUUGAUGUUGAAAUUGAGCCCAUUGUCGAGUCGGCUGUGCUGGAUGAGCUGGAGCGUCUUGUUGUGGCGCAGUCGCAGCAGAUGUCGCUCGUCAAGCAUGAUCCUACGAUCCUUGAGUCGACUGAGGGAAGGGAUAUGCCUGAGGAGCGUGGCAUGUCGGACUUUGAUCGCGAUAUGCCGUCCAUGGAGGAGCCGAUGCACGAGACGUCGCAUAUUGAGGAGACUCAUCUCUUGGAGCCGAAGUACAUCGAGAGCGAGGCUCAUGUUCCGGUCUCAUCACCUCCCCCUGCUGCGGCAGAGGAUAUUCGGCCCCCGUCCCCGGAACCGAUGCCCCGCUACGAUCAAAGCGAGGAACGUCGUCUCCGCGAUGAGGCGCGCAUGCGUGAGAUCUACGGACACCCUCCAGCUCCUGAACCAGAACACCACGAACCAGCUCCCGAAUCUCGACCCGCAUCAUCGCACCACGAUGCCUACUCAGCUCGCUCUCCUCCUCCCCCACAACAGCAACCUGAGCCGGAACCCCAACAACCUCACUACCACGAGCAACAUCAGCACCACCAGUCCCCUCCCCCACCGGAGGAAUCCUACGCCCAACACCACCAGCGCCAACAAGCAUUCCAGAACGCUGGGCUCGCGGAGCUGUUGCUUGAGGCUGCGCGGGUGUUUAUGCAGGAUAAGAAGAACCUCGCUAUCGUGGUUAUGAGCUUGCUUGUGCUGUUUAUGGCGAUUCGUCCUGCGCCGAGGGAGGUGAAGGAUUGGGAUGGACAGUUUGUCGAUCAUGCUGCUGCGCCCGUGGUUGAGGUUCCUGUUUCGCAGGGGCAGGUGCCGGUGAUGGAGAGUGUCGAGGCUAUUGUGGAGUCUGUGACGGCGUCUGAGCCUUCGGCGGAGGUCGUUAUUCAGCCUACACAUGAGAUUGAAGUCGCUGAACCAGAGCCUAGUGUGGAGGUUUUUGUCUCUGAGUCUAUCGCGAGCGUUGAAGAGGUUGAGACUACGUCAACGUUGGCUACGGAGCAGACUUCUGCUGUGGAGCAGGAAACUUCUGUGACUGCUUCUCCUUCUUCCGAGGAAGUGAGGGCUCCUUUACCUACUCCGGUUCAUGAGACCAUCACUACUAGAGAGUUGGUGCGUAUCAUUGAGACUAUUACGGAGACGGUCAAGGCUGUUGUUACAGAGACGGAGGUUGUCAGGGUUCAGCCUACGGCUAGCUUUGCUCCUGAGAUCGAGGCUGAGGCUGAUGCGGUGGUCGAAGUUGAGGAAGGCUCCGGUGAAGAAGCUGUUGCGGACACUCUUGCCGCGGAGGACGUAUCUGCGACUCUCGUCUCUGAGGACGCCUCCGAGACUGAAGAGGCAUCAGCUUUUGAGACUGUGUCGCCCGUCGAAGAGUCCACUGAAGACGCUGAGUCUGAGGAAGAGGCACCUGCCACUGAGUCAGCUCUACCCGUCGCAGAGCACGAGGUCGCAGAUGAGCAAGCACAGGUUGCGAAUGAAGAUACUGAGCAGCUGGAGGAAACGGACGAGAAUGAACGGGAUGAGCUGUGA